AUGGUUUCUCUGCAAGGACCAGUUGUGUGUCCCUCUGUCCAUCCUAAAGUUGGAGGGUUUUGCAGCCUUUCUAUGAUUGGGCCCAUGAAUGUGAGAUGUGUUAGAACUGAGUUUUGGGGACUCAAGGAAUUUAAGAGGGGUUUUCUUUCAUGUCAUGUAAAAAUACGCAAGAGCGAGACGAAAGUGCGUUGUAGUUUAGAUUCGUCGUCGAAUGGUGGUGGAAGUAUGGCGGAUAGUUUCGAUGAAAAUGAUGAAGAUUAUGUUAAUUCAAGUGUGAUUGAAGCUGUUGAGGUGAGAAGUGGAGCAGAUGGUUUCAUAAUCAAAAUGAGAGAUGGAAGACACUUGAGAUGUGUUCAUAACAAUCCUCAGGGAAGUCAUCUUCCGGAUUAUUCACCACACCCCGCUAUUGUUUUGAAGAUGGAAGACGAGACCGGUCUACUUCUUCCUAUAAUUGUUUUGGAGAUGCCAAGCGUCUUACUAAUGGCAGCAGUUCGCAACGUUCCAAUUGCUAGGCCUACUUUAUACCAAGCAGUGAUGGAGAUGAUUGAUAAAAUGGGUUACAAGGUUAGACUUGUCAGAGUGACUAGGAGAGUUGAUGAGGCAUAUUUUGCACAGUUGUAUCUUACUAAGGUUGGAAAUGAGGCAGAAUGUAGGAGUUUUGAUCUUCGACCUUCAGAUGCUAUCAAUAUCGCAGUUAGAUGCAAGGUGCCAAUACAAGUCAACAAGUGCUUGGUGUACAGUGAUGGAAUGAAAGUAAUUGAAUCAGGCAAACUGUCAAUACAGUUACCUAGUUUCGAUGGCCGAUUACUAACUGAAAUGGACAAGCCAAAUGGUCAGCCUUGUGCUGAAACCGACGAAUUCAAUCUUUUGAACAACAUGAUGAAAGCUGUUGGCGAAGAGCGGUACAAUGAUGCCGCUUUGUGGAGGGACAAACUUAAUCAACACAGGGCUGGUAAAAACACCAAGAAAAGGUCCUAA